AUGAAUAUGGAUGGUUUUCACCACGAUGUUAAUUGUGAUGAUCCUGUGGAUAAGAAUGGGCUUGAAGAAGUCAAUUAUGAUGAUGGUGGACAUAGUGCUGAAGAUGUUUUUAAUUGUGAUGAUGUAAGAGCAAGGUCUGGAGAAGUAGAAGUUUUCAAUGGGAUUGAUGUUGAAAAAUUGGUCCAUAUCGAUGUACAAGUUGGUGAUGGCGCUGAGCAACCUAUUUUUCUCCCAUCUUCGAGAUUAUCAAGGGUUAGUUCGGCAACAUCGUCCCAGGUGUCAGAAGUUGAGUUAAACCAAAUUUUUGCUUCAAAAUCUAAAUUGCAUCAAAGGAUGAGUUUGUUGGCAUUGAGAAAGAAUUAUGAAUACAAGGUGGUAAAGUCAACUACGAAGGUAUUGUACAUGAAGUGUAAGCACGAUCAGUGUCAAUGGCGAUUGAGGGAAACAACGCUUGGCACUUCUUUUGGUUGGGUAGUCAGGAAAUAUGUAAAUACUCAUUCAUGUUUAUCUUCAAUAAUGCGGCGUGGUUAUUGCCAAGUGAAGAGCAGAGUAAUUGGUUCUCAUGUAAAACCCUAUUACAUGGAUGUGAAGCGUAUUCAUAAGCCUAAGAACAUUAUCAACAAUGUUCACAAGGAAUUUGGGUUGAAAAACCCUGGGACGAUUGUUGAAAUCGAGAGUGACAGUGAGAGCAGAUUCAAGUACCUAUUUAUGGCAAUUGGUGCAUGUCUUGCCGGAUUUCGUAGCCAAAUGCGACCCGUAAUUGCAAUUGAUGCUUGCUUUCUGAAGGGUAAAUAUCUUGGUAGUUUGUUUGUUGCCACAUGCAAAGACGGUAACAAAAAUGUAUAUGCUAUAGCAUGGGGAGUAGGAGAUUCCGAGAAUGAUGCCUCAUGGGAAUGGUUCUUCAUUAAAUUGCGAUCAGCAAUUGGCCAUGAGAUACCUGAUUUGGUAUUUGUGUCUGACAGGCAUAAAAGUAUCAGUAAGACGGCAGCGAAGGCUUAUCGAGAAUCAGAAUUCCAUGAAUUGUUUAACGAGCUCGAGCGAUAUGAUCCAGCCGUCGACACCUAUCUUAGAGAAGCUGGCUUCAGUCGUUGGGCACGUGCCUAUUUGGAUGGGAAGCGGUUUGAUAUAAUGACGACAAACAUUGCAGAAUGCCUCAAUGCAGCUUUGGCGGAUGCAUGUAAAUUGCCUAUUCAAUGUUUGAUGGAAUUCAAUGUCAAAUAUGGUAACUCCAGUGGCAUAGUAGACUUGAAGGCGAAAACUUGCAUAUGUCGGGUGUUUGAUUUCGACAAAUUGCCAUGUGGACAUGCCCUGGCUGCUGCACCUUCAUGUAAUAUUGACCCAUACACUUUGUCGUCUGCAUACUACCAAACAGAGGCUCUGUUGUAUGCCUAUGCCAAUCCAAUUAUGUCGGUGGGCAGUCAGGCCGAUUGGAUCGUACCAAACGAAAGUGCAUCUAUUAAUUUACUACCUCCGGCAACUAGAUGCCCAUGUGGAAGACGCAAGACAUGCCAAAUUCCUUCAGUCGAUAAAGAGAAGAGGAGGGUAAAAUGUGGUCGUUGUGGUCAAAUUGGCCACAAUCGCCAAACUUGCUCAAAUCCAAUAAGUCUGGAUGAAAAAAAGGAAGGCAGCAGUAAAGGUGCAAGAGUGGAUCAUGUUUGA